CCUUUUUCGCCGUUUUGUUUUCUUGUGGGUAGUGGACAAGGUGAGGAAGAAACCAAACACAAAAUAAACAGGCUGAAUGAAAAAUUUGCCUUCUGCUUUACCUUGCUUUCCUUGCGGAGUGGUUGGCGGGUGACUCACACACUCCGCCUGAAAGAAAGAAAGAAAGAAAGAAAGAGUCUUUCUCGUUCAUCUUAAUCUGUCCCGGACCAGCUAUUGUUCAUAUUUGGUUGGCGUCUUGUGGGAAUUGCGGUAGCUUUAGAAUUGCGGAGAUGGGUUCGUGCGCAAAGCUUGCCAGGAGGGCUCUGGAGACCGAAAUGCCUGUCAUGGUUCAGAUACAGGAAUUGGUCCGAGGUGCGAAAAAUGCAGUUUCAUUAGCUCAGGGGGUGGUCUAUUGGCAGCCACCAAAGCAGGCAAUGGAGAAGGUAAAAGAGCUUAUAUGGGAGCCUUCCAUUAGCCGUUAUGGUGCUGAUGAGGGCAUUCCCGAACUUAGAGAGGCACUCCUACAAAAGGUACUCAAUGUAGAAUGUAUGUCUGUAACUUUGUCGGCUAAUUUUUUCAUGUCUCCAAAAGGGACAAGAUGGAUUUGUUGCUUUCAUCAGUUCAUACAGUUUUUUCAAUUGCUCAAAUUUGUUUUGCAGUUGCAAAGUGAAAACAAGCUGACGAAAUCGUCAGUCAUGGUUACUGCGGGUGCAAACCAGGCAUUUGUCAAUCUUGUGCUUGCCCUGUGUGAUGCUGGGGACUCAGCAGUUAUGUUCGCCCCCUAUUAUUUCAAUGCAUACAUGUCUUUCCAGAUGACGGGUGUUACUAAUAUAUUAGUAGGUCCAGGAGACCCAAAGACGCUUUAUCCUGAUGCAGCUUUUGCUGAUAUUCGCAGAGACAGUGGAUACGAUUACUGCUUUAAAUGGGCAAUAAUACUGUCGGCUAUAGAUUGGUUGGAGAAGACACUAGCGACUACCAAGCCAGUUCCAAAAGUCGUUACUGUAGUUAAUCCUGGAAAUCCAUCUGGGACCUAUAUUCCAGAGCCCCUCCUUAAGAGGAUUUCAGAGCUUUGCAGAGCAGCUGGAUCCUGGCUUAUUGUUGAUAACACAUAUGAGUAUUUUAUGUACGAUGGUCUAAAGCACACAUGCAUAGAAGGAGAUCAUAUUGUCAAUAUCUUUUCCUUCUCGAAAGCCUAUGGAAUGAUGGGCUGGCGCGUUGGAUAUAUAGCCUACCCUUCAGAAGUGGAAGGUUUUGCGACUUCUCUCCUCAAAAUCCAAGACAACAUACCGAUCUGUGCUUCGAUAAUCUCGCAGUAUCUUGCCCUCUACUCUCUGGAAAUGGGUCCCACGUGGGUGACGGAGCGAGUCAAAGAUCUGGUCAAGAACAGGGAAAUCCUCAUGGAAGCACUGUCUCCACUAGGUAAAGAUGCUGUGAAAGGUGGCGAAGGCGCAAUAUACCUGUGGGCCAAACUGCCGGAGAAGUAUAUUGACGACGGAAAAGUUGUACACUGGCUCGCUCACAGGCAUGGCGUGGUUGUAAUACCGGGUGGUGCAUGCGGGUGUCCAGGCCAUGUCAGGAUCUCGUUCGGAGGUUUGGUUGAGGAUGAUUGCAAGGAUGCGGCUAAGAGGCUGAGACUCGGGUUAGAAGAAUUGGUAAACAUUGGAAUGGUGGAGUGAGGUGUUCUGCUUCGCGCUCUCGCUCUCUUCAGCAUUGAAAGAGGACACAACAGCUUGCCAGUUCUUUGGUAGUGAUGAGUUGUGAUGGGAAUAAAAUGUUUGGGUAUAUUGCAAAAGCUACUCGGUUAAGUUGCAUAUUCUCCUUCCUCUGUACUCAGAGUUGAUGGUUCUAUACAAUGCCAAAUGGUUAUUGCAUGACAUGUUAAAAACUGAAUGAUCACAAACUCUACUAUCCACAUCUGCAAACUAGUGGGCUGACCCGUGAUGUGCAGAAAGCAGUAUCAAAGAUACCUAUAGAACUAAACUUCUGAGGUCGUAUUCACUAGGGUCUCUCUAGUUGAAUACUCGAGAAAUACAAGAGUGUUGCAAGACCAAACUGUAGUUGAAGUUACACUUUACACUUAGUUUCCAACGCAAUUCAAAACAAGC